GGCACGGCACGGCACGGCUGUCCAUCGUUAAUGUGAAGCACAACUUGUGGCUCUCCAGUAGUGAAUUGGCUACAGUUCAGCUUCCGGUGCUGGCUGGAAAACAGAAGAUGACCGGGGUGAUGAGGAUGCGUCUUGAAAGAAGUGCAUUCCAGCGCAUACUUGUGCUGUGUAAUGAAAUGAGAUGUCGGCGUGCUGGAGGAUCAGAUGUGUAUCCACAUUAAGUCUUUUGACAGAGUGUAACCAGGAGCACUGACCCGUGCCAUGAAGACCCAGAAGGCCCGAGGUGUUACAACAACUUUAUCUUCCUGCCAAGGGAAGUCUCGCUUCACCUUACGAGGCAGAAAGAAGAAGGAUGGGGUGAUCCAAGGAAAGCUUCGCAUCCGAUCCAUGCCUGGAGCUUUCUUAGUGUUAGGAGUCAUUGUAGUGGUCGUGGGCACCGCUCUUGCUAUGGCGGGAUACUGGCCCUAUCAAAUAUCAAAAUCAUCUAUCCUGACAACUGCAGAGGGUGAACGUAUGUCUGAGUCGCAGGCCUCUGGCUGGAGUCUGGGAACUAAGGGCCUGCUGUCCACAGCCAGCCUCAUCCACAGUGAGCGGAUGAAGCUGCUUGGACCUGUCAUCAUGGGGGUUGGACUCUUCAUACUCAUAUGUGCCAACACAGUCCUAUAUGAGAACAGGGACAGAGAAACUCAGAUGCUGCUUGCUCAGAUGCGUACUGUAAUAUGCUCUGUCUCUACAGCUGUGCCCUCAGCCGACAUUAAAGAAGUAUCAGCAGCCAGCAGCUUGAUUGCCAAACAUUACCAGUGGGUGAGCAGUUUACCAGCUGCCCAUCUCAACAUCCUGUGUCUGCAGCAGCUGGCCAGCUCUGAGCCCCUGCUUCAAACCAUGCACCCCAGAGACCAGGAGGACAGUGUGCUGGGUGUCUAUCAGACAGAAGCUCUCCACCACCAGAAGUCAGAGCCUCCACCGUCCCUCCACUCCUCUACCUCCAACUCAUGCAAUUCCAGUCAGACAGACUUUAACAGUGGUGUUGAGCAGAGCGGUAGUGCCAGCUUCAAUUCACAGCCCGCCCCAUUCAUCAAGCUCAACAACUGCCUGGUGUCUGCCAGCUCCAUGUCCACCCUGGGGGAUGAGGUGGAUGUUUCAUCUGCACAGCCGAGGCGCUGCCACAGUAUGAGCUACAGGACUAACCAUUACAUAGGCCGAAAUGGUGUGUGUCUGAAGGAAGGAUUCGAUGCAGCUGGAGAGGAGGGUCGUUUAAAUCAGCUGGUAGCAAUGAGGAGAGAGGUUGGUCCACAGGUUUGUGUGAACAUCCCCGGACAGAUUGUGAACGCUGUGGAAGAGAAAACUCACCAAAGCUGGCCUCAGCUAGACCUGGGCAGUGGGAGACGAUAUCUGAAACUAGAGAACAAAGAAGACUCAGUGGACAAACUGCUGGACAAGUUAGAGCAACAGUGCUCUCAGUGGGAUAAGAACUUUGGUUCUGGGCCUUUCCAGUGAUGGAAAGAAACACCAUGACAUCCAAGGAGUAAUGAUAUUCUAACCUGGAUUCUAAAACUGCACUAUGUUUUUCUUUUGGGGAGAGGAAAAAUAGGAGUACGAAAUUUUUCUUCUCAAUCUUAAGCAGAAUAUUGAUACACUGAGGUUAUGAUUUUUGAUUGGCUGGGUUGGCACAUAUUUUAUAUAACUGAAGGAGGAGAGAGACAACGUACAGACCCUACACUGUCACUGAUGAGCAAAGCAAUGCAAGAAAUCAUCUUGCAGCUCUUUGCCAAAAUGGGUAUGCCUGAUUCCAGUGAGGGAGCGACAGAAGGGUGCAGGAAGAUGAAGAGGGGACUGUUUUCACUGUGCAAUCAGUUUUGAACCACACUACCUGGACUGCUGAGCCCAUAAAGUGUUGACAGCUCUUUGCAAAGGCAACUAAAUUGUUUUUUUUGGGUUUUUUUUUCCUCAACUGAGGUACCAUAUUCCAAAAGCAAUGCAUGGCAAUGAUGUACAGUAUGUUACAUCUUAAUACAUAUGCAGAUUUAUGUCAUUGUUGGUGUUAUGUGUAUAGGAAGUAAUGAUAAUUCCAGUUUAGUUUGACUUGGGUCUUAUUUUCUUGGGUCUGGCCUGUAUUUUUACAGUAUCCUUUACUAUGCCAUUGUCUUCACUAUGUUCAUCACUGAGAUAUGGGAACUCAAUGCUGUCUCUAAAAUGUGAUUGAAGUUUGUCAUGUAAGGUUUUUUGAAUACAGGUUUACAUUACAGGUUACAUUUGUGCAUUCAGAAGUGAAACUUUCAGAACACUACACACACAGGCCUAAAGUGAGCACUGUUGGCCAAAAUGACACAUUUUGCAUGUAAAAUGUUCUCAUGCCUUGAAAACAUUAAAAAAAACUUUAGUAAAUAUUUUCAUCAACAACAGAACUUUGCAAACAAAUUAAUAUUUCCUUUCAAUCUCUCAGUACAGAAUUAAUUUGUGCUAUAUGCUUAUGUUACUUGUUGAUACUUUACAUCACCAUAGUAUGUGCCAAAAAAGCACAUCACAGCAUGAAUUGUAUUCGUUCCUCCAAAGAUGAUGUUGCUAGAAUCUUGCUGCACUGAGCACUUUACUAUAAAACAGUAAGAACAGACAUUUUGUAAGAAAGUUUUCAUUUAUUUAUUAUAUUCUUGUGUGCAGGUCUUUCUGUGCCCACGAACUGUUGAUGACAUGCAAGCACUUGGGCAAGACAAAUUGGGACAUUCAUCUUCUGUACUAACAAGCUACAGUGUUUUCACCAACACAGACAUACACACUCAUGUACAUACACAACAUAACAGCAAAUGGCCAAGUAACCUUGUUUAUUAUUUUGGUAUAUUAUGUCAAUCAUGCUUAUGUUUUAUUUUACACAAUCACACUUAAUUAUUUAUAAACAAAAUGUAUUCUAUUUUUGUAGUGCUUUGCCAUGUCGGGAUGUUUCUUGGGUUUCAGCCUUUGUGCAGCACUAUGUAGCUCGCAGCGAAUAACAGUGUGAAGUUUAUAAAGACUUUAUAAAAAUGUAGUGAACAACAUCACUAUCUCCGUCUGUCAUAAAGACAUGCAGAUCUGUCUGUGUGUGCACUAUACACCAGCAGGCUGAGUGGAUACACACAACCACUGCUCUGUCUCUUCAUUCACUGUCUAGCUAAGUAACAUUAGUCGCAUGUAUGGAGCCAACUUUGACUUGUGUGUUUACAAACAGCAAUUGAAAUAUUCUACAUAUUAUGUCUUUUAUAAAUGGUUUAUAAUACACUACAAUGUAGAUGUGUGCAGAUGUUGGUUUUUGGUAAUGUAUUUGUCAAUGGCUACAACCUCUUGUGUAAACAAAUAAUGAAAAACAACAGAAUGCUGUUAGAAAACUAUAAAGUACAUCUACACAGGAGAAGUCGGGAUUCAUGACAAAUACUGUAUGUUAAUAAACAUAACAACAGUAUUAUUACUACAUGAUAACAUUAUAAAGCAUUUAUUAAAUGUUUAUAUUUUGCUUAUAACUGGUAAACAAAGUAUCAAAAAACUUGUCCAAUUUUCUGAUUGUGUUUUGUGACAUUAUUUUUGCUAAAACAAUGAAAACAAGACCCAAGUUGUAAGAAACUUUAAUUAUCCUAAAUAAUGACAGAAUCAGCUUGCAGUGGUGGAAGAAUUAUUCAGAUCCUCUGCUUAAGGUAGAGGUACUAAUACUACACUGUGAAAUUACUCCAACACAAGUAAAAAUCCUGCAUUCAAAAGCCUGCCUAAAUAAAAGCAUAUACUUAAAGUAUCAGAAGUAAAGGUACUGCAGUAUUUCUCAUGUGAAUUUGAAUUAAUUUUACUGCUGCCUUAACAUGUAUGUUGCAUUUUACCGCUGUAGAUGUUGAAGGCUGAGUUCAUAAAAACCAUUUUAUACACCGUUUUGUAGUUUCGCCUACAGCAAUGCAUCAUAUUCUAUAAGAUCAUCAUAUGUUUGUAGCAUGAGAACCACACAUCUUUUCAUGAAAAAUUCUGCAAUUAUGAUGAUGCAUUAUGAUGAUGCAUUCAUCAAGAGACUUUUCAAAGAGUUUAGUUAUCUUAAGGAGUAGGAAAUUUAAAGAACACAUAAAGUAACACUUCAAAAAAAUCUCAUUCCGCAAAUUUGGAGAUACAUGGUUUUCAUUGGAUAGAAAGAGAAAAGGUAACCUGAAAAGUAACUAGUAACUAAAGCUGUCAGACAGAGGUAUUAAAGGUAGUGGAAAGUACAGCAUUUGACUCUGAGACGUAGUGUAGCAGAAGUGUGAAGUAAAUGGAAAUACUCAAAAGUACAGUGCUUGAGUAAACGCACUAAGUUACAUUCCACCACUGUUAGCUUGUAAUGAAAGCAGGGGCACCUCCUGUUGGUCUGCUGGUGAUCAUUAUUUAAACUCAGAGUUGGAUAUGUGUUGUGGAGAAAAUGAAGGAGAGAUGAUGAUGGUCUUUCUUUUUGUUUGUGCUGUCUGUUGUGUAUAGGUGACACUGUGUCUUUUAAAUGUAUACCAAGCAAUAUGAGUCAUCUGACAGAGCAAUCAAUGUGUCGAAUACCAAAUGAAACAGCAUUGUCAUGCCUGUGUUGUAAAUAUAAGCCGAAACAAAAGCA